AGCUCCGGCAGCAGCUGGAGCCUCCGCCUGGCCAGGAAUUUCCUGGCCAGUUCCUCCAAGGCCCCGGGGUGGAGCAGGGAGAAGCAGAACGGGGUGUCCAAAGAGAGAAAACGCAACACAGACUUCUGCAGACAUCAGCCAUGAGGUCCCUGAGCACGCACACAGAUUCUCCCAGCACCCAGGGAGAAAUAGUAUUCAACCUGACCAUCCUGUCCCUCACGGAGCUUCUCAGCCUGGGCGGGCUGCUGGGCAAUGCAGUGGCCCUCUGGCUGCUCAACCAGAACGUCUACAGGAACCCCUUCUCCAUCUAUCUCUUGGAUGUGGCCUGUGCCGACCUCAUCUUCCUCUGCUGCCACAUGGUGGCCAUCAUCCCUGAGCUGCUGCAGGAUCAGCUGACCUUCCCUGAAUUUGUACAUAUCAGCCUGACCAUGCUGCGGUUCUUCUGCUACAUUGUGGGCCUGAGCCUCCUGACGGCCAUCAGCACGGAGCAGUGCCUGGCCACUCUCUUCCCUGCCUGGUACCUGUGCCGCCGACCACGCUACCUGACCACCUGUGUGUGUGCGCUCAUCUGGGUGCUCUGCCUGCUACUGGACCUGCUGCUGAGCGGCGCCUGCACCCAGUUCUUCGGGGCACCCAGCUACCACCUGUGUGACAUGCUGUGGCUGGUGGUGGCAGUUCUCCUGGCUGCCCUGUGCUGCACCAUGUGUGUGACCAGCCUGCUCUUGCUGCUGCGGGUGGAGCGUGGUCCAGAGAGGCACCAGCCUCGGGGCUUCCCCACCCUGGUCCUGCUGGCCGUCCUGCUCUUCCUUUUCUGCGGCCUGCCCUUUGGCAUCUUCUGGCUGUCCAAGAACCUGUCCUGGCACACCCCCCUCUACUUCUAUCAUUUCAGCUUCUUCAUGGCCAGUGUGCACAGUGCAGCCAAGCCUGCCAUCUACUUUUUCCUGGGCAGCACACCUGGCCAGAGGUUUCGGGAACCCCUCCGACUGGUGCUCCAGCGGGCACUUGGGGAUGAGGCUGAGCUGGGAGCUGUGAGAGAGGCUUCCCAAGGGGGACUUGUGGACAUGACUGUCUAAGCACAGUGGGUCACAACUGCAGCUUCAGCCCAUGGGGGCCCAGGCAGCUGCCUGGUGUAGGUAAAGCUGGGAUCAGAGUUCCAUCAGUAAGACUCUGGAGGGACAUCUUUGCUGAUGACCCAGUGCUGUGUCCCCUGGGAGGAUUCUGGGAAGGGGCAGGCCGAGAGCGAUGUUUCUGUGGAGGGCCUGGGGUUGUGUGUGUUAGGCAGAGCACCAGGACCACCUCAUAACAGCUGCUUCCAUGGCCACCCUCUCCUCCCCCCUCCUCCAUGGCUACAGUGAGGGGACAGAGCAGGCAUGAGACAGGCGAGUCAUGGUGGUAGGCAACUGUCCCUCUACCACUAGCAUCCUCCUAGCUAGAGUGUGCGGUGACUUUUCUCAGUGUCCCGGGCGCCUUCCUUUAGUGAGGGAUAAAUGACACUGAAACUGGACAUUCAGUUAGGUAUGGGGAAAUAAGUGGCUUGGAAGUCCUCAGUGGCUGAACUUGGAAGUCCUAAGUGGCAGAAGGCAUCCUCCUGACCCCCACAUCACUGCCAGGAAGCAAUGCUGGCACAGGCCUGUCAUCCCAGCUGCUUGAGAGACUGGGGCAGGAUUGUAGCCCCUGACUGGGAUUUAUCUGUAACUCUAGUUCCAGGGGAUCUGUCUCCAUCUUUUGGCUUCUGCAGGCACUGCAUGCAUGUGGUAUACACACACACACUGAAAAUAGAGUUCAAGGUCAGCUUAAGCUUUGGAGGACCCAUCAUCUCAGGAAACCAAGUCCAGUGGGAACGGGGUAGAGGAGAGAGACCACGGGAGGAUAUAAACCUCACCCAAUGCUUCAGAAAAACUGGUGGCUCCUGAGUCUGAAUUUCAAAGUGAGGUUCCCUGCAUGGGCAGCAAGCCCCCUGCCGACGCUGUCCAUAUAGGCUGUCCAUAUCCGAAGCACCUCUACCUAGCAGGACAGAGCCCAGGGUUUCAGCACCUGGACAGUUCCUACCUUACCCUCUGUCCAGGACAGGACCUACACACCUAGCAGGGGUUCUCUGAGGAAGCAGUCUGGUUGCAGGCCACCACAGGUGCCUGAGCUCCUGCCUAGCUAGGAGCACAGAGAUUAAUGGGACCCCUCCCCCUCCCCAAUCCAGGCACAGGUGGCCAAGAGCCAGGACUUGGGAGCCCACCAGCCCUGAAAGAUCCAUGUAUCAUAGCCCUUACCUUUACUUUCUCUUUGAAUAGUCAGUUGAUUACACAUACAGUGUUUGGAGUUGUGUCCAGCAAGUCCCAAGAGGAUUUUAUUACAUCAUCAACACUCCAGACCCACAUUCGUGACAUGCUGGUGUCCUUUGACAUCAGUGUGGGUGUAAUACUGACUUGGACCAGGCCCACAGAUGGAAGGACAUUUGGUCUCUGUCAUAACUAAACUUGUUCCUGAGUCUGGACAUGGACAGCAGAACCCCACCUGGCAUCCCGGAAUUGGCAACUCACUGCCCCCACCCCAUACAGGUUGUGUUGGGAUGCAUCCUGUGGUAUGGUGCCUUCAUCUCAAAUUCUCUGGAAAGUCUACAUGCAGGGACCCCAGGAAGCUAGGAGCUUGGGGUGAUGGUCCUCCUCUUCCAAAGGAGCUCUUUGCAUCCCCCACGAGGGCCUUCCCUCCUCCACACUGGAGCUUAGGAGCCAGUGUGGCCAUCUGUCCACCUCCAGGACAGGAUUCCCAACUUCAGUGCCUCAGCUUGGGGAACUGAGAGCAUGAAGGGAAGUGGCUUGCCUACAAGUACAGUUUUGGCCUCUUGAUACCCACGUCUUUCUUGGGGAAAGCCCAGCCCAGCCUGACAGGUGUCUCCCCCCAACUGGGCAUUAGCCCAGAGUCUUUGAGGCUCAGAGAAGUCCGUGUCUGCUCGAGACAACCCGGAACAUGGCACAGACCUUCUGCUCCUCUCCUAGUUAGCUUCAGCUGUUGACACAGCAUAGUCCAGAGUUAUCUAAGGGAGUCUCAGCUAGGGAACUGUUUGGGUCAGGUUGGCCUGUGUGCAUCGUCUUGACUGCUAAUACCUGUGGGAGAGCUCACUCCACUGUGAGCAGAACCACCCAUAGGCAAAUGGACCUGAGCUAUAUAAAAAGCUAGCUAGGCAUCAGCCCUGGGGCAAGUCAGUAGGUGGCUUUCCUCCAUGCUUCCUGCCUCUGCUCCUGCUUGAGUUUCUGCCCUGACUGCCGUCAGUGAUGGAU